AUGCCGGCCGUACUGGAACCCAGACAGUAUGGCACAGGCUACUGCUAUGACUCCUUCGGCAACGUCGGUAGCUGUAAUUCAGCAUGGUACGAUUGGGGACGUUGGGUUGCGUUGGCGGUAGUCAUUUUGGGCUUCAUCAUCCUCUUCUUCCUCUGCAGCUGCAUCUCCGCUCGUCGUCGCCGUCGUCGCGGUCUUCAGCCAAUGUACGGAACCGGAUGGGCGGGAAGAACCCCGUUCGGUCAUGGACAGGCUCAGUACAACCCUCAGUAUGGUCGCCAGCAGUACCCACAGCAGGAAAACAAUUACGUGCCUGGACAAGGCCAGACUGGAGGAUACUACGGUCAGAGUUAUGCGCCUCCAGCGUAUGCCCCUGAGAACAGGGGUUAUUUCGGGCAGGACAACACUGGAAGUACGAACACCACUCAGGGCGUGUACGAGAUGCAGCCUCCGGCGCAGACUUAUCAAUCACCGGAGGUGCAGGGAGGGAAGAAGUGA